CGGCGGCGUCCAGGCUAGCUCCCUGCGCGAGCCGUCCGGGGCUAGUUCUAACUCCUCAUCUCGGGCUUGCUGGUGAGGCCUCCUUUAGGUCUCCAGGAGCCCAGCCGAGGCCCGGGAGGCGCGACCCGGGCUGCAUACGGCAGAGCUGCCUCCAAAGUGGUAAAAUGUGCUGCGGGAAGUGGAGCCGCGUGGCGGAAAUGUUUCUCUUCCUUGAAGACCGGGAGGAGGAAUGUAGGAUCCUGUGCCUUUGCUCCAGGGCAUUUGUAGAGGAUCGAAAAUUGUACAAUUUGGGAUUAAAAGGCUAUUACAUCAGAGACAGUGGCAACAAUUCAGGAGACCAGGCGACAGAAGAGGAGGAGGAAGGUGGUUAUUCCUGUGGUACUGCAGAAUCACAUGACAGCAAGGGUAUAGACCUAGAUGAAAAUGAGCUUGAUUCUGAGGCCGAACUCAUGAGAAGUAUGGGAUUGCCACUUCAGUUUGGUAGGAUAUCUGCACAUAAGAAUUUUGAGGUAUCUAUGAAUACUAGAAAUAAAGUUAAAAUAAAAAAGAAAAAGAAAAAACAUCAAAAGAAAUACUUAGAUGAAAUUAUGCAAGAAUCUUGGAAAAAAGAAUAUGAAGAGGAUGACAUUUUGGCUUCAGAUGAUCCAUCUUCAGUUGAACAGUGUGAGAACACCAGAAGAUGUAAACUUCAAAGCAAAAAAGACACUGACGUGGAAAAUCGUCCUGUUGAAAACACAUUAUCUCCAAAGCUAGAAAUUACAGAGAAAUGGGAAAAGUAUUGGAAUGAAUAUGGAGGAGGAUUGUUGUGGCAAGGUUGGCAAGAAAAACAUCCAGAUCAAGCACUGUCUUCUGAACCUUGGAACUUUCCUGAUACAAAGGAAGAAUGGGAGCAACAUUAUAGUCAACUUUAUUGGUAUUAUUUGGAACAGUUUCAGUAUUGGGAAGCUCAGGGUUGGACUUUUGAUGCCGUGCAAAGCUGUGAUACAGAUUCUUAUACAUCUAAAACAGAAGCUGACAACAAGAAAGAUGAAAAUUGCAUGAAAGUUGACAUAAUAGUAUCUUUUCCAUCGACACCUAUUACAGUUGAUAAUGACAGCUCUGGUACAAAUGAUAAGGAUCAUAGUGAAAUACUUAAUGGAAUUAGUAACAUAAAACUGAAUUCAGAGGAAGUAGAACAGAGCCAGCUAGAUUCCUUUAUAAGUCAUGAUGGUCAUCAACAGCCAAGUGAAGUUAGUUGCAGAAGAGAGUACCCUGCAUCCAGCCAAAGUGAACCAUGUAACGGAGGAACCAAUGAGGAAAGCAACUUAUCAGGAAAUAGAAGCACAGACCCAGCAGCUCAGGAUUCACAGAAGUCUUCGGGAACAAACACAAGCAAAGUCAGACUUCACGCCAGUGGUGCUGAUGGAGAUGAAAGUGAGGAAGAUCCACCUGAGCAUAAGCCAAGCAAACUCAAGAGGAGCCAUGAACUGGACAUCGAUGAAAACCCAGCUUCAGACUUUGAUGACAGUGGUUCCCUUCUAGGAUUCAAGCAUGGCUCAGGACAAAAAUAUGGUGGAAUUCCAAAUUUCAGUCAUCGGCAGGUCAGGUAUCUAGAGAAGAACAUGAAACAUAAGUCUAAGUACCUGGACAUGCGCAGACAAAUAAAAAUGAAAAACAAACACAUCUUCUUUACCGAAGAGUCAGAAAAACCAUUUUUCAAGAAAAGCAAAACUCUGAGUAAGGUAGAAAAAUUCCUAACAUGGGUUACUAAACCAAUGGAUGAAGAAGCAUCACAGGAAUCGUCUUCUCAUGACAAUGUGCACAACACUUCCACAAGUAGUGAUUCAGAGGAACAAGACAUGUCUGUUAAAAAAGGUGAUGACCUACUGGAGUCUAGUCAUCCAGAACCUGAAAAGUGUCAGAGCGUAGCUUCAGCUGGUGAACUUGAAACAGAAAACUAUGAAGAAGACAGCUUGGUAGCAGCUGUUCCAGAUGAGCAGGAUUGUGUUACUCAAGAAGUACCAGGCUCCCUCCAGGCAGAAACUGAAGCUGAAGUGAAAAAGAAGAAGAACAAGAAGAAGAACAAAAAGGUCAAUGGCCUGCCUCCUGAAAUAGCUGCUGUUCCUGAGCUGGCAAAAUACUGGGCGCAGAGGUACAGGCUCUUCUCCCGUUUUGAUGAUGGAAUUAAGUUGGACAGAGAGGGCUGGUUUUCAGUUACACCCGAGAAGAUUGCAGAACACAUUGCUGGCCGUGUCAGUCAGUCCUUCAAGUAUGACGUGGUAGUAGAUGCAUUCUGUGGGGUUGGAGGAAAUACCAUUCAGUUUGCUUUAACAGGAAUGAAAGUGAUUGCUGUUGAUAUCGAUCCUGUUAAGAUUGCUCUUGCUCGUAAUAAUGCAGAAGUUUAUGGAAUAGCAGAUAAGAUAGAGUUUAUCUGUGGAGAUUUCUUGCUGCUGGCUGCUUGUUUAAAGGCUGAUGUUGUGUUCCUCAGCCCACCUUGGGGAGGGCCAGACUACGCCACUGCAGAGACCUUUGACAUUAGGACGAUGAUGUCUCCUGAUGGCUUCGAAAUUUUCAGACUUUCUAAGAAGAUUACUAAUAAUAUUGUUUAUUUUCUUCCAAGAAAUGCUGAUAUUGACCAGGUGGCAUCCUUGGCAGGGCCUGGAGGGCAAGUGGAAAUAGAACAGAACUUCCUUAACAAUAAACUGAAGACAAUCACUGCAUAUUUUGGUGACCUAAUUCGAAGACCAGCCUCUGAACCUAACUGUGCGGCAGUGCAAGGACAAAAGAUCAUGGAGUAAUCAAAACAUUAUUCAGAUGAGGAACUAACCUUUCUCCAGAAUUUGAAAUCUAACCUGUGUGGGUGUGUACAUAUAUGUAUAUACAUACAUGCGUAUGUGUUUCUGAAAUUAUCCACCUAUCCCUGUGCCAUAUGUUUUUGAUUACUGUAGUUUUCAUCAUGUGUUGACAGUUGUGAAUUCCCCAUUCUCUUAUUAAAUUCUUUGGUAUUUAAUUUUCAGGUGAGGAAAUGUGAUGUCUUCACAACAUUGAAUCUUCCUCUCCAAGGACUUGAUAUGUCCUUCCAGUAUUCUGAUCAUUUGUUUUUCAGUAAAGUAUCAUUUAUUUGUAUAGAUCUUGCAUUUUUUUUUUUUUUUGCCAAUUUUAUUGCUUCAUAUUUCCCACUUUUUGGU